CAGGCUCUUCCAUAACCAGGGCCAGUCGACAAGGUCUGCUGAGGUUUUAAGGCACUCUGGUCCCUCGACUUCAGUUCUUACCUGCAUCAUUACUCUGCUCUCUUGGACUGUUCACACCUGUUCAAUCAUUAUCGUCCUCUCUCCUCAUCUGUCAGGACAGACUUGGCUCAAGAUGACUCAACCAUACCAGAGCCUGUCCCCACCACUGCCGGGUUGGUUGCGCUUUGUUCGCAUCGCUCAGCUGGCCCUGGCUGUGCUCAUUCUUGUUCUCAGCGCAGUGGCAGCUCAUAAAUAUCUCGGCGGUCUGGAUCCAACAUAUCUGGUCACACCCUUCCCGUCCUUUGGCUUCGUCUGGUUUGCCUUUGCCUGGACCAUCGUCUAUUUGCCCCUUGCCAGAUUCGUGAUCCCUCGCCUGAGACUGGCAGUUCGUCCAGUCCUCAUUCUUACCACUUUGGACGGCUUCAGUACUCUGUGGUGGCUCGUUGCCUUUGCUCUGCUCGCAGACGAUAGUCGCAAGCUGGGCGUCGUCCUCACCGCCAUCGGUCUCACGUAUGGUGAGGCAACCGAGGUCUAUGAUCAGAGUAAAUUGAUGGUAGACCUCACCAGAGCAUGCGCUGGUUUGGGCGCUGGAGAAUUUCUUCUAUUCGGGGUUAGCUUCGGGGUUCUCUGCGCAACUGUCUUCCGCAAUACCAAGGGCGAUGACGCCGGAUUCGCGCCACCGCAUGGUACCGUCAUCUCUGUACACGAGUACCCAAAGGGGUCGACAGCGCAGACACAACACGAUCAGACCGUGCCUCGACCUCAAGGAUCUGAAUUGUCUGCCAGUCAAUACGCUUGAGCCAUGUUUGCGAAGGACGGUCUUAGGGUCGGAUUGUCGUGAAGAAUCAUGUCUCAUGGCGCAGCCUUUGAGUGGAUCUCUUAGGGGUUUUAAAAGAGAUGAAAGAGAAGGGACCAACAUGCUUCACAGAGCUCGAAGCCCAUUUGUUAUUGCCAUCUAUGUAGCAUAAAGUUCUU